GCUGCUGCUUCUCUUGAUCAGCUUCGUAUCUUGACUGAGUCAAGCAAGAAGGACAAUCUGCACUCACAGAAUACGAAUAAAGCUUAUAACCGGCAUAUCAAGAAUGGGAAGAAGUUCCUCGCUGACCUUGUGCAAGCGCGGAAAGCCGCAAGCCAGGCUGAUGCUGACUGUCCCAAAGACGUCGAAGAGUCCAUCAAUCUUGAUGCCCUGGAAGUUGCCUUUGAGAAGCCUCCGAAUCAGUACUCAGCUUUGGGUUUGGAGCUGUACUUGACGGAGAAAUGCAUCAAGCAGAACCUGAAGGAACAGACCGCCGUGCAGAUCUAUUCUGCUUUCAAACGGAUGUGGCAGGAAAUGGAUGCUGAAACAUACCGAGGGGAUUAUAGUUACGACCCAAAGAGCAAGGUUGUGCGUGGUAACCCGGCUCUAUCUGCAGGCGUGCAGGACUUGUGGCACUCCCUGAGAAACCGGUCAAGGGCUGCGCAUGGUACUCGCACUCACCAUGCUGAAGCGAUCGGGAUUGAGGAUAUGAGGGCCAUCAUGGCCUGGUCAGAGAUCCACUUCCCAGCUCACCUUCUAAGUUGCACGAUCACGGACGCAGGGUUCCUAUUCCAAGCAAUCGUCCAUUUCGAGAUGCGAGCCUUCCUCGCAACAGCAUUUACCUUGUGGACACGGAACAACGAGUUGUGUGCCUUGAAAGGAAAGGACUUCAGGGAGGGCUGUGUCGGACCAGCGCCGUACUACUUCCCUCACGAUAAGGUGACCUUAGACCAACGCAAGGGAUGGCAGUCAAGGCCCGGUAGCGGGGCUCACUCUCAAGGGCGUACCUACGAGAUACAUGCGCAGCCAAAGACACCAGAGAUCUGCAUGCGGACGCACCUGAGCAGAUGGCUGCGGCUUCGCGAGAAAGUCCUGGGUCGGCGCAUGACUGAGGAGGAAUAUGUCUUUCCUCACAUUAGUCCAAAUGGCCUCAUUCACACAUCGCAGGCCCUCAAUCACGAUGUUGUGCAGAAGACCCUCGACGACUUUGCCAAGCAAGCUGGACUCGACAAGAACUUUUCAACGCACAGUUUCCGUCGUGGGGGUGCUCAGUACCGCUUCAUCUGGGCCCCAAUCGGGCAGCGCUGGUCGUUAGCGAGAGUGCGUUGGUGGGGAGGGUGGUCCGAGGGUGAACGUACUGAUACAUUGAUACGAUAUUUGUUAGAUGAGAUAACUGCGCUAGAGAACGAGCACGGAGACGCACUUGCACCCGUCCAGACUCGCAGGGAUCUCACCUUCAAUGGGGAGGAUUCGCUUGCUGCUCCCGUGACCGUGGCGGAGCAUCGAGAGCAUGCUGAUUCGUUAGACCGGAAGCUCGAUAGCUUCAUAACGUUCUUCGUGGCCUACCUGCAUGGAAAUGGUCCAUCACCGCCCAUGACUGCUCCGACGAUGGCUGCAUCAUCAUCCCAUUCCUCUGUCUCGCCUUCCGUUCUACCUGUCCCACCCAUCAUCAUGAGCCCCACGCACACUCUCGGUUCCGCAGGAUCGCAGUCGUUGCAAGAGCACAUUGCCGUUCCGCUGACAACUGUCAGCAACCAAACACAGAGCGAGCGUCCGCCGCGUCGAGUGCGAAGCAAGCGAUCCGUCCCUUCAGUUCCGCAAGCCAGCAUACCCGACCUUCCUCGCGGGGCAGCCGGCUGGAAAGUCGCCGUCAGACAAUGGGAGGAAGUGGAUCCCCUCACUGGUUACGCCUUAAAGGACUGGCCCAAGAGUUGGUACACCGGGGGCAUGCGGCUGGUCAACCAGCAGAAGCGGUUCACGCGUCGUAUUAUCACCGAGGCGUUCGUCCGGUGA